UAUUAAUAAUACUUGUUGAAAGUAAUUUCGAAUAUGCAAUCAAUAGAGAAGAAAAGACAGAGAGUGUCUGAAGACCCUGAUUCUUCAUCCAAGCCUAGGCUCUCAGGAAAAGAAAGGGCUAAAAUUCAUAGAGAGAGAAAGAAGAAAUAUUACGAAGAUCUUGAAGCAGAUAAUGAGAAAUUUAAGAUUGAAAUUAAAGAUCUGAAGGAAGAGAUAUUAAAGCAAGCAACUGAGAUAAAACAACUUGAAGAAAAAUUAAAACAAGCAGAAGAAGCCUCAGCUAGUGCUGAUGCUAAGAAAAUUAUUAAGCUCCCUCAACUUAGCUCCUUCUUUAAUAUCAAUAAAGAAGAGGAGAAACAAAAUCCUGCUGAGAAGGAGGAUUUAGAUAAAUCGCCUUGAGAAUCGAAAGAGGGAAAAGAAGAGCCAAAUGAAACUGGAGUCUUCACUGCAGAUCCAAAGAGGAUGGAACUUAUGAAACAGCAUCUCUCUGAAAUUAUUGAGAACAUUAUCCCUCCUGAGAACAAAUUGAUGCUUGUACUUUUUGAGUACGUCCCUGUUAGCAAAUUCAUUCGAAUGAAGAACCUCUCCCGGUACAAAUACUUGGAUAGGAAGUCUGUGGGGAUUCCUUUACUUGACGAAUUCAUUGAAUCCUAUCUCUCUGACUCCUUAAUAGACUUCAUCGAAGCUUACGGGAAGAGGUAUCUCAAAACUCUCCAGGAGGUAAGACGUGUCGUUAAGAAGCUAGUCUACAUCAAGAGUAAACUUUCUCAAACCCUAACCUCCCUCUAUGACAUCGAUAAAGAAGUGGCUACAUCUCCUGAGGCUCCUUUUGAAAGUCAGGACUACCUGAACAUUCUAACUCAUUGCUCAAAGAUGAAGGAGUCAGAUGUGUUCUCAAAUAAAAUUCUGUGGCAUCUCGACCAAACCGGCCAAGAUGAAGAGGUUCACGGCCUGAAUGAAUCCAACAGUUAAGUGUGUGAAAUAGGUCAAGAGAAGUCAAAGCAUGAGGAUGGAUGUGUUUCUUAGUCCUG